UGGGAAAAGUCGGGGGACUCGGCCAGCAGGCUUUGCGCUAGCGUUCAAUCAGUAAUUUUCCAGCCGGUCUUUAGCGAGGAUUUCGCUUUUGUCGCUCCGCUUAUCGGGGUAUUCCGCGAUUCAGGUCAUCAACCCGGUGCCGUCUGUACCACUCAAUUUACGUUUGCCUUCUUUGUUCUCUCCUUGUGCUGCUUUUGGGGCUGACAACCAACCCUUCGUUCGCCGGGCGGCUCAUUGUUGUGCAACAGGGUGGCAGUGCCAACUGCGAUGUGCACUUGCAUGCGGAAAUCGAAGUUUUAAAACAGGCGCUGGUGGACAAACAGAGCCAACUGAUCGCCAUGGAAACGGCUUGUUUGCGGGAGUCGGAUCGCCAGGUGGAGCUCGAAGACAGUAUCAUCGCAUGGCAGGAUAAGUACGACCGCCUAUACGAAUCUCACAAACGAGUGCAGAAAGUCAACCAAACGCUCGAGGACAAGCUCCUCAAACUCGUGGAUAGAAACUCCGGCGAGCGGGCCCAACUGACGAGCGACGUGGCCACACUAAGCGUCCGCCUGGCCCAGGCCAACUACAAUAUAGCCAAGCUUCAGCACGAAAUCGAACGUUAUAAAACCGACAUAAAUUUAGCAAUACAACUAUUACAAUGCAAACCGGAUAGUUUUGUGCCCCAAAAGGUCUCAUCGCUUCCAGUUGAAAUUCAAUCGAAAGUCUCGACAUAUAUGCGCCUCGAAACGAAUUCGCAUUCAGAUUCCGAAGGUAGUACGAGCGGCGUUGGACUUGCUACAUCUGGAUCUUAUAAAGUACUUCCAGCAUCAGAUUCCCCUCCCCCCUUAUGUCCUUUCCCACCCACUGCAAUGGUAUACUCAAUGAGGGGACUUGGUAAGUGUUAG